AUGAAUCAGAGACAAGUUACUCAGAUGAUGAAUCUCAACCCCGAUUUCAUUCGGGCCGAUGUCCCUCGCCGAACCUUCUUCUCCGAGAUAAAUAGAGGAAAGUCUAAGCAGGGAUUCAACGUGCCUGGACGAAAUGCCAAGAAUGAGGAUCGACUGUACAUCGUUGACGGACCGCUGCCAAGCUUUAAUUCGGUGGCUGUGAAGAAGAGACCGGAUUGUAUGAAUUGGAAAUACCAAGGUGACACCAUUGCGUGUAUGCACAACGCAUAG